UAAAAGCUGAGUAGGGAGUUGUUGUAUGACCAACAGCUCAAAGAAUUAACAUCAUCAGACAUCUGAACCACCAGCAACACCGACAACAUCUCAGACAACCGUCAGACUAAACCUAGACUCUAAAAAUGGUUUGGAGUGAUCUCUUCUACCCUGAAAAUCCUAAAAGAAGGGAGAGGCUUAUCCGCAAAAGUCAGCAAUUUUUUCACCUAAUAGAAGACAACUUCAAUGCCACCAACGAUCUCAUUGAAGUUGUUAAUAAGCACUUAAAAUUGUCCCUCGGACGAGUCACCUUGAAUGAGAGUGCUACUGUGAAGGACAAUUGUAAUGUGCUAAUUCAACGCAUUCGUGAGAUCCAGGCAGAGAUAUGGAAAAUUGAUAAUAAACUGAAAAUAAAGUUGGACCCUGCCUUGUACGAGGAAUUAAAGAACAUGAAUCUGUAUGUGCCACUGAGCAUGGCCACACAUACACAAAUUGCAAAAAUUGCCAUUGGAGCUGGUGGGAUGGUAACCACUGCUGCCGUUUGUUGGCUAAUUAAAAGUGAAAUGAUUCUGGCAAGUGUAACUACCCAGAUUGGUGCAAUUGCAUCAACAUCAAUCGGAGCUGUUGUGCUUGGGGUGGUGUUUCUAGGGGUUGGUAUGAUUGUUGAGGCUAUUUUGGGGAGUAUUGAGCGUGAUCAGCUUGAGAGUGCACUAAAAGAGUAUGAUGAGGCUUUGGAGGAAUUCAGGCCAGCAUCUAAACAAUAUCAGAAGAGCAUAAUGGAAGUCAGGCUAAGAAUUGAACUAAUAAAAGAAUAUGUUUAGAUUACAGUCUGUUAUCUUUCAUAUUAGCAUGAAACUGAAUAAAUAAACAAUAACCCAUCAAAAAGUCUAAAAUUAGUCAUUUGUACAGUAUUAAAAAUGUGGAAAUCUUUUUUCUCUCUUUUUUUGAACAAGAAAAUAAUAUUUGAUGUUCAGAUUGUGAGCUAUUUUAAACAUUAACAUAAAUGACAGACAGCUUUUCAUAUUGCUUAUUUGUGUUGUUUUCUAGUAAAAAAUUCUGAAUUUAAUUUCAGAAAUGUUUCCUGGAAUUAAACUGUAACUACGAUUAUGACAUGCUAAAAAGAUGUGAAUUUCUUUGUCCUUUUUUUUCACAUUUAAUGAAAUUACUUGUGGUGUUUGUACAUUUUUUUGCCAAGGUUUUAUUGUGGUUUGUUGUUAUUGAAACUAAAUUUUGCUGUCAAUUAUGUUUUUUCUCUCUUUCUCUCUCUGAACUAAAUGGCAGUGCCGUGGUUGGAUAGUGCAGAUUAAGGGGGUUUUAUUGUAAUUGCCGCUGCUACCUAC